UUCUUGAUCUUUACAUGGUUCCCUUAUUAUAAGUGUUCAUACUCAAGCUUUGUUUGAUUGAUUAAGUAUCUUUUUUACGUUGGUUUGGAAUAACUUGUUUUCUUAACCUGCAAAUGUAAUAAAGUGACUGAUGGUGUGUGGUGUGAUGACAAUCAAUAGCUCUGAAAUUGACCAAGAAUCAACGUUCACAAAAUUAUGACUGAGGCAAGUAGCAUACGCUGGGCAUUCAACACCAAAGAGUGGGAUCCAUCUGUGCAAGAAUGGUUAAUUGCUACCAGCAGCAUACCAUUAGAGGAAAAAGAGCGGAUACAGAAGUUUGUUUUCAAGGCAGAUGCUAAAGCCAGUAUCGCAGGUUGUCUCAUGAGUAGAAAAUUUGCUCACUUGGCAACAGGUGAACCAUAUGAUAAACUUACUUUAGUUCGUAAUGAAGCUGGACGCCCCUAUUUAAAAUAUGCUAAGCACCAUUUAGAUUUUAAUGUAUCUCAUCAAGGGAAUUUUACAGUUUUUGCAGGUGAAAAGGGAAAUGAUGUAAAUGUAGGGGUAGAUAUUGUGAAAUUCGAGAACAAGACAGGGUUUGAACUUGCAGAACUUUUCCGCCUUAUGAAAAACUCAUUCACAAGUGAUGAGUGGAACACCAUUUUAAGACCUGAUUCGGAAGAAAAAAAAUCUGCCAUGUUUUUCAGACACUGGUGUCUGAAAGAAAGUUAUGUUAAGGCAACUGGUGUUGGGAUUUGUAUGGACUUACAAAAAAUAUCUUUUAAAGUUAAUACAGAAAGUCUGAGUUCAGAGAGGCCUUGUACUGACACUGUUGUUGAAAUCAAUAAGGUAGAUAAUACAUCUUGGAAGUUUCAUGAGUGGUUAUUGGAUCCAGAACAUUGCGUGGCAGUGGCCCUCUCUCAUAAUGACCCUCUUACAACUCCUCCAGUACCUUUCACAAUGCUUUCUUGGGCUGAUCUAGUUCAAGAAGCGAAACCUUUGCUGCCACCAGAUAUGAUAAACUGUGAGUUAUUCAUGAGAAAGAAAGAAAGUGUAAGAUCCUUAGAUGCUUAGGCAAAUGAUAACACACUUUGUAAUGUGCAACCAUCUUAUAAUUACAUACACUGCAUAGAUCUUUGUUACAGUUAUCUUGUGUAAAAACCAAUGUUGAAAAUAUAAUAAUAUUUUUUGAUAA